CUGUUCGAGCACCCGGAGAGCUCCGGGCCGGCCCGAGGGAUUGCCAUCGUGUCCGUGAUGGUCAUCCUCAUCUCAAUCGUCAUCUUCUGUUUGGAAACCUUACCGGAACUGAAAGAUGACCCGAUAGGGCACUAUGAGACUGUGGGGAACAGCACCUUCUACUACAAACCAAACAUCCUGACCGACCCUUUCUUCAUCAUCGAGACGCUGUGUAUCAUCUGGUUCUCCUUUGAGUUGAUAGUGCGCUUUUUCGCGUGCCCCAGCAAGCCGGCCUUCUUCAAGAACAUGAUGAACACCAUCGACGUGGUGGCGAUCAUUCCUUACUUCAUCACGCUGGGCACCGAGCUGGCGGACGACCCGGAGCAGGAUGGGAAGGGGGCGGAGGCGAAGGGAGACCAGGCCACGUCGCUGGCCAUCCUGCGGGUCAUUCGCCUGGUCCGCGUGUUCCGCAUCUUCAAGCUGUCCCGCCACUCCAAGGGGCUGCAGAUCCUGGGGCAGACUCUGAAGGCCAGCAUGAGGGAGCUGGGGCUGCUGAUCUUCUUCCUGUUCAUCGGGGUCAUCCUCUUCUCCAGUGCCGUGUACUUCGCGGAGGCGGAGGAGAGAGGGUCGUACUUCUCCAGCAUCCACGCCUUCUGGUGGGCCGUGGUAUCCAUGACGACCGUGGGCUACGGGGACAUGGUGCCCGUGACUAUCGGGGGGAAGAUCGUGGGCUCGCUGUGCGCCAUCGCGGGCGUGCUGACCAUCGCGCUGCCCGUGCCCGUCAUCGUCUCCAACUUCAACUACUUUUACCACCGCGAGACGGAGGGCGAGGAGCAGGCGCAGCUGCUGAACGUGAGCAACCCCAACAUCGCGUCCGACAGCAACUCCAGCCGCCGCAGCUCGUCCGCCGUCAGCAAGUCCGAGUACAUGGAGAUCGACGAGGACAUGAACAACAGCAUCGACAACUUCAGAGAGGCCAACCUUAGAACUGGCAACUGCACGGUAGCCAAUCAGAACUGCGUUAAUAAAAGCAAGCUGCUAACCGAUGUGUAGACCCGAAAACACCAGCAGCCCGUGGACUUAAGCGACACCGCGUCCCCUUGUAUAUAAUGUAUAACCCUAAUCCGAAUGCUUUAUUGACCUCGCCAAUGCGUUCUUGCAUUGCGAUUAUUAUCCUCAGCGACGUUAAAGAAAGACGACGAUAUAUUUAAAAAAGAAAAAAAAAAAAGAAACAAAGGCUUUCAGAGUAAGUGAAAGAUAUAAUAUUUUCAUUUAUUUUCAAAUGGGAUCCUUCAAGUUCGUACAAGAGAAUCCGUUUUAACUAGGUUUAUUAAUAUAGCUCCCCUAGUCGGGAUUGCCAUUGCAUAUGCAGCAAGAUAAUAACAAGAGAACCCGUGGUAACGGUUCCGCAGCGACAAGCAAAGCAUCAGCAUCCAGCAGCAGCGUGUCCCCUCGCUCUAGGGCAUAUACCGCAACUCUACAGCCAACAGCACUGCAUCAAAAACGACCGCUCUUCCGCUGCGAAUCCACAGCGGACGUAGUCACGGUCUCCAGGAUAUCUGCAAUGCUGCUAUUUUCCCGCAGAUGCAGCCAUUUACAAUUCUGCAAGGUUGGUAAGAUGUCAUGCAGUUCAGACGCAAGACAGCACAAUGAAAAAAAAAAGAGUAAAAUGUUCGCAUGUUCAGAUACUCUUCUUUUUAAUAUCGGCAUGCGUGAGACAUUCUCUCAUAUGAUGGGAAAUCUAUCUUUGUUUGAUCCCAACUUUCAGAUUCCGUUCUCUCAUUUGCUUUCACCAAAAGUGCACUGGUUAUGUAUUAUCUCAAUGACUAAUAAUUUUAACUAAUUUAAAUACUGAAUGUUAAAUCUUAAGGGAACAGUAACUUUUGGUGAUCAUAGCAUGUCAGAAGUACUCCGCAUUAUGGCCUAAGGUACUGUGUACCCGGUACAAUAUAUUUAAUGCAUGACGUCAGUAUUAAACAGCUUGCGGUAAGUUGAGGGACUUUUGACGGAUCAGAUGACUUUCCUAGUUAUUGUUAAGGAGAUGAGAGGCUUCACGUCCUAAUUAUGUCUGAACAAUGACUCAAUAUAUCUAAGCCCAACACUGGGGAAACUUGGCUUCUUAACAAGGUAACAAAGAAGAAACAAAUAUACCGAAAACACGUAUACUCCAUAGGUAGCGCCAGGCUGCAUAACUGCAGGAUCGCAAUGCAUGACGGACCUUCUCAGAACAGCGAAAUCUGAAAAUUAUUAUUCUAAUCAUGUAAAGGGUGCAUACACAUACUGCUCUGAUUCUUAAAUCUUUAAUGGUUCUAAAUAAUAUUAUUCAGCACAUAACGCAGAGGGAGAUGCAGCAGUUUUACUUGCGUAUAUUAGUUGCUAGUGCCUUUUAAACCUCGUACCCACAGAAUCGUUGAAAGUGCCUCCGCGUGCAACACAACUACUCAAUUUUCUGCAGAAACAGAGAGGCGUUACAGUUAAUCUAUACACGUCAUUUAGGCUGGAGGAGCGACAUCUAAAAUACAGUACGACAACACCGUCAGCGAGAGCAUUCAGGGAAGUUGCAUUAUGGAGGAUGACAUGGUUGCCGGGCAACACAAUCACACAGAAUAGCAAGGUGAGGAUUUUGGAGUUUGAGUGGCAGAGAAUCCGGAGGAAGGAGGACAGUUCAGUUCUGAACGGCACAUUCCACCAUCAAGUCCUGCUCUCAUCGUCAAAGCAAGCGCCCAGCAGAACUACAGAAACAACACCCAUAAAACCAACCAACCAACGCACAUAAACACGUGAAAUCUACCAUUGUUACGGAACCCUCAACAUCCGACGCAUUUGUGUAUUCAUUCUUUAUCGUUUCCCGCGGGAUUUGACCAUGAAGAGCCUUUUCUGUUGUCUACCUCAGUCUGCCAGCACACUGCUCCUGAUCUGUGCUCCACGUCUGCAUCAUCUGCGGCCAGUCACCCUUUGACCCCUCCCUCACAUCAAUCGACCGGAUACGGACCGCUUGGGAAAGGCCGCUCCUGUGGAAUCACUUACAGUCAGUACAAACCCCAGGACUGGUCCCCUCAGCUACGCACAAUCAAACCCCAUGCAUACCAGAAGGCCUGGGCACAGAGACGGACAGACUUCCCGGCACAGAGACGGACGGACUUCCCAGCUCUGAGGCAGGGCAUCGGACAGGAGGGACAGACACUUCUGCCCCGCCUCAGAGACUGCUUCAGCGGAUAUCCUACCCUGUCAGACACGAACAGACUCCAACAACGCUCUGGACGUUUUGGAGUGACAGUAAAAAUAAGUUAUUUUUAUAUAUGAUUUUAUUAACAAUCAGAAUUGUGUGUGCAAUCAUCUGGGCUGUGGGAGGAGCCAGGGUGUGGAGUAUCUGGACAUUUCUGUCAGUUUGUGUUCAUGCAGCACUGGCAUCCUGAUGGACAAUACAGGAGACAUGACACAGAGACAUGACUCAGAGAUAUGACACAGAGAUAUGACUCAGAGAUAUGACUCAGAGAUAUGACACAGAGAUAUGACUCAGAGAUAUGACAAAGGCACAGGAGAUAUGACACAGAGACAUGACACAGGUAGAGGAGAGAUGACACAGAGAUAUGAUACAUGUACAGGAGAGAUGACACAGAGAUAUGACACAGGUACAGAUGACACAAAGAUAUGACACAGGUACGGAUGACACAGAGAUAUGACACAGGUACAGAUGACACAGAGAUAUGACACAGGUAGAGGAGAGAUGACACAGAGAUAUGACACAGGUAGAGGAGAGAUGACACAGAGAUAUGACACAGGUACAGGAGAGAUGACACAGAUAUGACACAGGAAGAGGAUAGAUGACACAGAGAUAUGACACAGGUAGAGGAGAGAUGACACAGAGAUAUGACACAGGAAGAGGAGAGAUGACACAGAGAUAUGACACAGGUACAGAUGACACAGAGAUAUGACACAGAGACAUGACACAGGUACAGAUGACACAGAGAUAUGACACAGGUACAGAUGACAGAGAUAUGACACAGGAAGAGGAGAGAUGACACAGAGAUAUGACACAGGUACAGAUGACACAGAGAUAUGACACAGGUACAGAUGACAGAGAUAUGACACAGGAAGAGGAGAGAUGACACAGAGAUAUGACACAGGUACAGAUGACACAGAGAUAUGACACAGAGACAUGACACAGGUACAGAUGACACAGAGAUAUGACACAGGUACAGAUGACAGAGAGAUGACACAGGCACAGGAGACAUGACACAGAGACAUGACAUAGAGAUAUGACACAGGUAGAGUGGGCUGCCCUGGCUCAAGCUCUCAGAGUUGUUGGGUGAUAUAUGGAUGACAGGACUGGGGACUUGUCUCUGUAAAGACUCAGGAGUGCAUUAACCAGGCCAAACGGCAGUACUGUAGAAUAGAGGCAGAUUCGCUGUGGCUAAAAGCAAACAGAAAUAACACACCAGACUUACUGCUCUACUCCCAUUCUGAGUGUGCACAAAGCAAUCUGUCUCAAUCUGUUUCAAAUAAAAGUCUAAUUAAUGCCAGGACAACUGUCAUAUGAUCAUACAAGGCUUAGCCAACUCCCAUAUCAUACUUUAUUUUUAUUUGAUUAAUUUUUACUAACAGACGUACUUGUUUAAUUCAUUUGAGCCCUAUGUGAAUGAAUAAAAACUCCCAAACACUG